CUGCCACCUCUGCUGCUGGAGGAGGAUGCUGCUGAUGCUGCUUGAUGCUGCAGCGCAGAUCCAGCUGAGGAUGUCAACAUGGAAACGUGGAGGGCAGCUGGAAAGCGCUGCUCAGCCAGGAGCGACUCACCAGAACGCGCGUAAACACCGCUGAGGUUUAUCUGGUGCUUUACUUUCAUCUCACACAGAACUGCCGUCUGCCUUCCGCUCACUUGGACCUGAAGUCGCCUCUUAAGGGGAUUUUAUUGACGGUUAUCUCUCUUAACUCACCUGACGCGGCGAUGUUUCCCUAUUAAAUGUCAGCGCGGCGCACAGGUGGAGGAGCGCGGAUUCCCAUCCAUCCAAAGUUUGCUGGUGUUUUUCCUGGAAGGAGGGGAUGGUGGAGAGGCUGAUUGGAGAUGGGGAUGCUGUGUUGAUUCUGGAUGGAUGCUGCUUGCAAGUUCUUGCCCUUCAAACGGAGCUGCGUUUUCAGAUUGGAGACAGAUGAGGAGCGCUCAGCGGGGUUCCUUCUUGGUGGAGAAAAGUUUGCGGUGGAGGAUGGAAACAGCGCUCCCUGUUUGGUUUCUUGCUGUACAUUGAGCUUAGUGAUGCGCUCCUACACGUGGGUUUAUUAAAGGUCCGAGAGUUCGUGAAUGGAUGUGUAAUUCAGCAGGUUAAUGGAGAAUGUGUUUCCCAUCUGUGGAGCCCUGCUCAGGCUGGAGGGGAGAGCAGCAAACACCCAGAUCCGCCCUGGAACCAUAGCAGUUUUAUUUAAACAGUAACCGCCAAAAAUCUCAAAAUGCUGAACUGCGGAUAGAGAAGUGUCCCACAUCCAACUCCCUCAAACCCCUCUCUUUAUCAUUUUCCUUGUACUCAAUUUUGUUCCUUUUCCUCCAUCUUUCUUCAUCUAUUUGCCAUCAUCUCUCCUCCAUAACGUCCAAAUUUCUCUCUUCAUCCUUUUUUUCUCCCCACACUGAGACACACCACCUCCUCCUCCUUCUUCAUCCCGCAGCACACAUGCAGGCCAAGAAGCGGUACCUGCUUGUGUCUGUGGUGGUUGGUCUACUUUUCCUCAUCUACCUGUGGGGUCUGCAAAUUGGGGAGUUCCAGCAGCAGUCAUACCAUUAUCCCCAGAUUCCCCAGUAUCACCAGUACCACCAGCAGGACUACCAGUACUACUACCAGAGGCAGGAGUUCUACCAGCCCCAGCCCUUGCCCCAGAGACUCCCAUCCAGACCUGCAAGACGCUGGCCAGAGCUGAUCGAGGUGCUGGAACCGUACCUGGAGGGAGGAGAACAAGAGGAGGACAGCCCUCAGCUCCAUCACCAGCACACCUCUCCUCAUGAACGAAGGGCAAUCCGAGAUAUCAUCUACAAGAACAAGCGUUGCCGCAUGGAAACCUGUUUUGACUUUUCACGUUGUCAGUCGGGCUUCAGGGUUUACAUCUACCCUCCGCAGAGAGGGGAUGAGAUCUCUGAGACCUACCAGAAGAUCCUAUCCUCCAUCAGGGAAUCUCGCUUCCACACCACUGACCCCUCCCGAGCCUGUCUGUUCAUUCUGGCCGUGGACACAUUGGACAGGGAUCAGCUCUCAGCUCAGUACGUACAGAACGUCAGAUCCCGCAUCCACAGCCUGCCAACGUGGAAUGAUGGCAGGAACCACCUCAUAUUUAAUCUAUACUCGGGUACCUGGCCAGACUACUCAGAGGAUUUGGGAUUUGAAGUGGGCCAAUCGAUGCUGGCAAAGGCCAGUGCAGAUGUGGCCAACUUCAGACCAAACUUUGAUAUAUCCAUCCCUCUCUUCUCCAAAGAUCACCCACUUAAAGGAGGGUCAACGGGUUAUCUAACACUCAAUGACGCAUCGCCCUCCAGGAAAUACCAGCUGGUUUUUAAAGGGAAGCGAUACCUGACCGGCAUUGGUUCAGAGACAAGAAACGCUCUCUAUCACAUCCACAACGGGGAAGAUAUUAUUUUACUAACCACAUGUAAACAUGGCAAAGACUGGGAGAAGCACAAAGACUCCCGCUGUGACCGGGAUAAUGAAGACUACUCAAAGUAA